AUGCAGGAGCUGGUAUUACCAUCAUCUCGUAGAACAUCUGCACCUGCUCUACCAGCAAUUAAAUUGAUUUCAACUGCCAUUUCACGCUAUGCUGUCCUACGAGCUUCAAUUCGCAGCACAGAUUCGGAUAUCAUGCUGGCCCCAUUGCAGACACUGCUGCUGACCCCUCUACAGCCUUCUGGAAUUAACAUACUCGAUAUUGCAUUACUGUACAUUGAGCAGCUUCCUGCUGCAUCGCCGGUAGCAAAGGAUACUAGUGCUUUCGUAGCCCGAAUAUGGGAGCGAUAG